AUGGCGGGUGAAGGCGCAUGGUGCCAGUUUGUUUAUACUCACGAAUGCAGAGAUCCAGUGCUUGUUACUAAAGAUAUAUUUACAUUUGGGAGAUCUCCAGAGUGCGAUGGGAGUUUUCUUGGUUGUAAGUUCAUGUCAGCAAAUCAUUGUUAUAUCAUGAAAGACCACCAUGGAAAAGCGUGGUURCACGAUACAAGUACAAAUGGUACAUUGGUCAAUGGCAAAAGGAUUAAAUCACAAUCAGUACAGCUGUGUGAUAAAGAUGAGAUAAAACUAGUAUACAGAAAAGACGUCAAUAGUGUUGGGUUUGUUUAUCUUGAUCUCAAGCCUAAAGAGGAUCAAGAGAUCACUCUGGAAAAUACUCAAGAAUAUAAUGAUGACGACAAUGAAAAUACUCCAAAAUUAACAGAUUCUCAAGAUAGCACCACAGUAACAGAAGAGAGUGACAAAGUUCAAGGCAAAAGGACACACUGUCAGGCAUCAAGUACCAGUGGAACAGAUAGUCCAGAAGCUAAACGACAGCAUGUUGACAGCAAUGCUGAUGAAGAGGCUAAAGCACCAGAGCUUACUAAGAAAAGCUCYUUAGCUGAGAAUCUCUUGUGUAACAUUUGUCAGGAUAUUUUUCAUGACUGUGUCAGUCUUCAGCCCUGUAUGCAUAGCUACUGUGCAGCUUGUUAUUCUCAAUGGAUGGAAAGGUCAAAGGAAUGCCCAAGUUGCCGCUUAAAGGUCUCAAGAAUAAACCGAAAUCAUUUAGUCAAUAACUUGGUGGAUGCCUUUCUUAAAGAAAAUCCUGACAGAAAACGGGCACAAGAAGAAAUUGAAGAAAUGAAUAAAAAGAAUAAAAUAACAAGCGAUAUGCUAAAGCCACCCAGAAGAAGGAAUGAUUUUGGUUCACCAUUAUUUGGAAGGGAUUCUGACAGUGAUUCUGUGGAGGACUUAUCUGAAACAAGUGAAUCUGAUAACAGUUUUCACAGUCUAUCAGAUGAUGAUAGUGAUGAAUUCAAUCCUUUUGGUGGUGGUACUYUGCCUGGGACUGUAGCAGGUUUAUUUGGAUUCCUAAGCCGAAGUCUCUCAAGAAGCCCAUCUCAAGUCUGUAGACAGUGUCCUUCAAAUGGUCCAUCAGCAACAACAGGCUGUGUUUGCAAUCGUGCAUUUUGUCAUCUUUACUGGGGAUGCAAUGGAAACUGUAAUGGSUGCCUUAAAGAAUUGAAAGAUUUUACCUUCCAAGACAGCAUUGACAAACUAAUUGAUGAUAACAGUUAUGAAUCAAUAAUAUUGAAGAAUUAUCUCAGUGAAAAGAACAUUCCUCUGGAUGAUGUAUUWAAGAAAUGUAUUGAGAAACUGGAGUCAAAAGAAUAUGCAGCCAAAGAUAUGCAGUGUACAACUUCGUCAGCAGUACUGUGCAAAAAAUGUGCUUUGGGAAAUUUCCAAGAGCUGGCGUAUCAGUACAGAAGAGAUAUUCCCCGUGAUGAUUUACCAGAAUAUGUGACUGCCAGAGAUGACUGUUACUGGGGUAGAAACUGUAGAACACAAAGAAAGCCUCAUCACGCUACCCGAUUCAAUCAUAUUUGUGAGCAGAAACGAUUCACAUGAUGUCCUUUCCUUCAUUCUGCAAAAAGAUGUAAAACCCCUUAGAUCAACACAGGAUGGUUCAAUGUUUUUGUUGUAUUUUCUUGGUCGUUUAAUCAUAUUUGUGAGCAGAAACGAUUCACGAUUCAUUCUGUAAAAAGAUGUAAACACAGAGAUCAACAUUUGAUGGUUGUUUUUGUUGCACGUUCUUGGUGGACACAAUAGCAUUAAAAAGCUUGUAUAUGCAGAGCAGCACUUCUGCUUAACUCUUGCACCUUUUUAGUUAACAUUGUAAAAAGCUAUCAAAUUUUGAUAUAAAUUCACUGCUGCAGGGCAAAAUCAAGGGACUCAGAUGACUUUUAUACCUAUAAAUGCCUUGUGRCAGUUCUGGAAGGUCUGCUCUCUGGUGUCCUCUGAUUUAAUAAAUACUGAAUCCAYUCCUACCGUUGACAGUGAAUUUUCAUCAAGUGCUCUUUUUGUCAAAUGUUUUAAUAAAGAAACAUCGUUAAAUUUAACCUUUUAAUCAGAAUUUAUUAUUUAAUWUGUGGUGGUACCAUGUAAUUUCUAACACUUAUAAUUAAAACAUUUGAAAUCAUUGGAAACAAUGUA